AUGACCGUUACUUCGAUACCCGAUCUUGGCAAUAUCGCCCGCGCCGAGUACAAAGCGCUAUUCGACAACGCAAUCGCCAACGGCAUUAAAGAGCCCCUUGUUCUUCCAUUUUGCCUCCUUGGUCCUUUUCUUCUGCCUACUAUUUAUCUGGCGAUUCCACAUCGAAAUCGACCAUGGCUUUACCAUGCACGUUGGCUAAUUGUCGCUUUUGUCGCCGUCUUCGAUCUCUACUUGAUUUGGCACAUGUCAAGCUUUAACGUUGCUCCCGCAUAUGCAUCUGGGCUUAUGGGCAUUUGGGGUAUCUUGGCAAACUUGAAUCUUUUAGUAUGGACCAAUCCGCAAUCCGACUAUGCCAGAAUCAUUAGAGUGCCCAAAGACAAAGCGACAACAACAGCUUCCAAUGGGAGUACCAGAAACAAUGUUCUUGAUACCAACGGUAAUCGAGAAAAUGGACUACGACAGAGAAAAUCCCGUGCUGAUUCCAUUGCACCCUCGGGAGAUAUUAGAACUCGUGCCAAGCGUCAAGAUCUUCAAGAUACGGUUUGUGUCUGGCAAAAGUUUCCCGAGAACGGUUCUUUUGGCGAAAGACUAAACUGGACGUUGGAUUUGGCCACUAACUUCCGGGAAGUCGGUUGGAACUGCUCUAUCUCUUCAGUUCCCAGGCCCGAGAUCCCAACCAACAUUCACGAUGGAGACCCCGUUUCCUUCAAGGACAUGCCCGUCGUGUCAAAAAGUGGCUACUAUCGCAACCUGACUGAAAGGGAAUUCGUAUGGACACGUCUUCGCAAGGUCUUCCUCCUCACAUUUGUCUUGGACCUUUGCUCUGUCUUUAUGGUCAAGGAUCCAUACUGUACCUACGGCCCUGACCGAGAUCUCCCUCCACCAUUAUUUCUCCAGCAGCUUCCUCCGUGGCUUCUCCAGGCAUACCGCGAACUCAUUUGUCUGGUGGGAAUUUAUGCAGCCAUCGACGCCAUCUUCAAUCUGCACGAUUUCUUCCAGUAUUAUGUCAUGAGCUAUGCAUAUCCCAUGCGUGGAGAGCUCUGGCAGUACACCAACAUAUUCGGCCCUGUCUCGCAGAUCCUUGAUCGGGGCAUUGCUGGCUGGUGGGGUGCAACCUGGCAUCAGACGUUCCGACUGCAGUUCAUCGCCCCUGCAAAGUUCCUUGUUGAUAGGGGGUAUCUGCAGAGGAGGACGUUGACUACCCAGAUUGUUACCAUGUAUGUGUCCUUCAUCCAGUCUGGCUUGCUUCAUGGAGCAGGAAGUAUAUCCUCCAUGUUUUCCACCAAACCCUGGAGGGCACCAAUCUUCUUCUUCAUUCAGCCUAUUGGUAUUAUAGUCCAGCUUCUUCUACUACAUAUCCUGGAUAAAAACUUCCCCAAUACCCCUCGAGCAGCUCGGCAAGUAUUCAAUGCUGUGUCAACGGCGAUCUGGCUGUACUUCACUGCAUUCUUCUUCACUGAUGACAUCUCAUCUGCUGGUAUCUGGCUACUUGAGCCUGUGCCCAUUUCUCCUCUACGAUGGUUAGGUUUUGGCCAUCCAGAUGAUCACUGGUGGCGAUGGAGGAGGUAUUUGUUCCCGACUUGGCAUUCAGACAGGCACUGGUGGAAGAGUGGGAUGCAGCUCUGA